GCUGCGUUCCUUCUUGCCUCUCCCAGCUCCUUGUCUCCGAGUCAACUCUGCCCCGUUGAUGGAAGAUGUCAAGCUGAGGCCUGGAUGUGCUGCAGGAGGGGGGUCGGGGGGGAAACAUAACAAGAUUUUUUUUUUUCCCGGUUACGAUUGCAGGAAAAAAAAAAAAUAUUCAAAUAAAAUGUAACGAUUGCACCACCAAGCGCAGCGGAUUGGAAUUGGGAAUAGCAGCAGCAGCCGGGCUAAGACCCCGAAGGCCGUUGCAAUGUUGCACAUGUGAAAGAGAGACAAGCUCACCAUGGAAACGCACUUUGAAUCUAUACGUUCCUGUUCACCAUGACGCCCAGUAGAGGAUUCUGGGAUUGACGCGGGAAUAUUUCCCACUGAUGGCCAGGACUGGGUGUCAGCCGCUCUGCUGAAGCAAUGGGAAGCUGCUAUAGUUGUCUGUACAGAGACACAAUCCCAGACAACCACCCAACCAGAUUCAAGGUGACGAAUGUGGACGAUGAAGGGAACGAGCUGGGCUCCGGCUCCAUGGAGCUCACUCAGACUGAGCUCAUCCUGCACACCCGCAAGCGCGACGCUGUCAGGUGGCCCUACCUCUGCCUGCGCCGCUACGGCUACGACUCCAACCUCUUCUCCUUCGAGAGUGGCCGUCGCUGCCAGACCGGCCAAGGUAUCUUUGCCUUCAAGUGCUCCCGUGCAGAGGAGAUCUUCAACCUGCUGCAGGAGCUCAUGCAGUGCAACAGCAUCAACGUGGUGGAGGAGCCCGUCAUCAUCACACGCAACAGCCACCCCCCCGAGCUGGACCUGCCGCGCACCCCGCAGACCCCCAACACUCCAGCCUACACUGUCCCCGGAUUCCCCAAUGGAUACCCUGGAUACCCAGUGGGAGGGGACGGCUCCUCUCACCCCUCAACACGCCACCCCUCCCUGGGAGAGGACUCCACCCACGGGCUCAUCGGCAUUGAGGACCAGGCCCAUACUUACGUGAACACUGCCAGCGCAGACGGGGAGUCCCAUGGGCGACACUGUGUCCACUCCCUGCCCGAGGUGCGGCCCAACCCUUACCCGGAGAGCGCCAGGGGGGGUGUCGGGCCUGGGGGUCACCCUGGCAUCCACUGCUGUCCUCUGGAGGAGCGCAACCCCCAGGUGUUCCUGCAGCCCCCCACGGGAGAGGUGAAGUUCGUGCUGGGGCCCACCCCUGCCCAGUGCAGGCUGAUGGAGCGGGAGAGGGAGGCCCUGGCGAAGCAGCUCCACGUGCACCACCACACGCACCUGUCCGGCGAGGCCGUCCCGGAACUGGAAGGGCCCCCCCCUCUGCCCCUCCCCCACCCCCACCACCUGCACCCCUCAUACCACCACCUCCACCCCCACCACCCUCACCACAACAACAACAACGAGCACAAGGAAGGCUGCCAGAAUGCCAGGCUGACCUACGAGAACAUCAACGGCCUGGGAGGGGGAGGGCUGAGGAGGGGAGGCAGCCUGGGCGGUUCUGGAGGAGGAGGUGGGAGGAUCAAGCUGUUCCCUGGCAGCGUCUCCCUCUCCGGGUGCUCCAGCAGCAGCAGCAGUGGAGGGGAGGGUCCCCACUCCCUGCCUCCCUCCUCCUCCUCCUCCUCCUCUCAAGGGUUCGGCUGCAUGGGGGUCGGCAGUGGCCACCGCAAGAUGGCUCUUCUGAACUACGAGAACCUGCCAUCGCUGCCGCCGGUGUGGGAGUAUCGCGCACUGCAGAGGGAGGAGGAGGAGGAGGAGGACGAAGAGGAUGAGGAGGAAGAGGAGGAGGAUUACGAGGAAGAGGAGUACGACGAGUACUCGGAGGGGCCCGGAACGCCUAACGGCUACCAUGACGACGGCGGCAACGGGAGGGAGGUCAUGCGGAACUAUGUGAACACAGACCGCCUGCCUCAGGGAGGCAGGAGGCCGGCAUGCCCCCCAAGAAGGCAGCACAGAGCUGGGUAUUUCCACGGAGGAGGAGGAGGAGGAGGAGGAGGAGGAGGAGGAGGAGGAGGAGGAGGAGGUGGUGGUAAUGGGGUCUUUAGCUUUGAUUUCAGGAGGGGCGACCCAUCCCAGCAGCGACAGCUCAACUACAUCCAGGUUGAUCUGGACGGGGAUUCAGAGCGUGGGAUGGGAGGGGGUAUGGGGACAGGAGGAGGAGGCGGCAACCCCCAGCAGCAGCCCAUGCCUUGCGUGGGCCCCCCGGGCCCCCAGCCCCCCCGCCGCAGCGAGUUCUAUGCCGUUAUCGACCUGAAGAAGACCGCCGCCAUGUCCAGCCUGCAGAGGGCGCUGCCUCGGGAUGACGGGACGUCACGGAAAACCAGGCAUAACAGCACUGACCUGCCGCUGUGAGGAGCAGGGGGUACAGAGAGGAGAGAGAGCAAGAGGUGGAAGGUGAAGUGACCCCCUCUCCAGCCUCCUUGCGAUGGUACGGCAGUAUUCGGACCCCCUUUCCUUCCUCCCUUUACUCAGAAGAGGUUUGACCCACGUCGAGCAAUGAGCUCUGUGACUUGCCUGCGUGCAACUGUCGGCGAAACUACGAAACGUGACUCACAAGCAGCUUGACGGUUUCAGCUGUAACUGACAAGUUAGGUCAGCCUGAAAAACGUGAAAGGAAACCUGCCGAUGUGUUUUUGGCCGGCCGUCUGUUCAGGAUUGUCCUGGCUGCUCCUGAUCGAAGCUGGUGGCAUGUUGGAAUAGCCGCAGGGACAACUUGAUGUAGGCAGGGCAUGGCCCUCGAGCGAGAGGCGUGCCAGCUGUUGUGUAUUGUGUGUGACGUACCUCCCAUCUAGCCUUGUAGCUCUCAGAAGAUGCAGCAUCCCCUUUUUACUGUCACUGAUUGCGAGCUCCUGUACCUCGUUAGCUUGAUUGAACAGUGGGGUGAGGGUAAGGAUUAUUUGGUUUUGUUUUAUAAUGGAGUGAAUAGGAAACACACAGAUUGCCACAAAGAUCCAGGAAAACGCCUCUCAAUGUAUUUAGCAUGAUAGCUAAUAUUAUUAUUAUUAUUAUUAUUAUUAUUAUUAGUAUUAUUAUUAUUAUUAGUAUUUUUAUUUAGACAUUGCACACACACAACUGUAAGAUCAAACAUGUACACCGAUAUUGAAACACAGUUCAUGCAUGCAGACAUACAAACAUAUAUUCUACGUCCUUUAGUUGUUUUGUUUUUAAUUUGGAAAAUAAUAAACACAAAAAAACAAUUUCACAUCACUUCCAGAACGCAGGGAAGAUCAGUCCAAGUUACGUUUGUUUUCUGUGGGUGGCGGCUGUUUUGAGAUACAUAUUGACAAAAAACAGAAAGGGGGUGCUGCAUCGUUACCAUUUGUGACCAUUUUGCUUGUUAUUAAAAUAAAAUAAAAAACAUAUA